CAGAUAGACCAUGAGCAGCCACGGGAACAGCCUGUUCCUGCGGGAGAGCGGCCAGCGGCUGGGCCGGGUGGGCUGGUUGCAGCGGCUGCAGGAGAGCCUGCAGCAGAGAGCACUGCGCACGCGCCUGCGCCUGCAGACCAUGACACGUGAGCACGUGCUGCGCUUCCUGUGCCGGAACGCCUUCAUCCUGCUGACCGUCAGUGCUGUGGUCAUCGGAGUCAGCCUGGCCUUUGCCUUGCGCCCGUACCAGCUUACCUACCGCCAGAUCAAGUACUUCUCUUUCCCUGGAGAGCUUCUCAUGAGGAUGCUGCAGAUGCUGGUGCUGCCACUCAUUGUCUCCAGCCUGGUCACAGGUAUGGCAUCCCUGGAUAACAAGGCAACAGGGCGGAUGGGGAUGCGGGCAGCUGUGUACUACAUGGUGACCACGGUCAUUGCUGUCUUCAUUGGCAUCCUCAUGGUCACCAUCAUCCAUCCUGGGAAGGGCUCCAAGGAGGGGCUGCACCGCGAAGGCCGCAUUGAGACCAUCCCCACAGCUGAUGCCUUCAUGGACUUGGUCAGAAAUAUGUUUCCACCCAACCUGGUCGAGGCCUGCUUCAAACAGUUCAAGACACAGUAUAGCACGAGGCUGGUAACCAGGACCAUAGUGAGGACAGAGAAUGGAUCUGAGCCGGGCACCUCCAUGCCUCCCCCGUCCUCAAUGGACAACGGAACUAGCCUCCUGGAAAAUGUCACCUGGGCCUUGGGCACCCUGCAGGAGGUGCUGAGCUUUGAGGAGACUGUACCUGUACCUGGCUCAGCCAAUGGCAUUAAUGCCCUGGGCCUUGUGGUCUUCUCUGUGGCCUUUGGGCUGGUCAUUGGUGGCAUGAAACACAAGGGCCGAGUCCUUCGGGAUUUCUUCGACAGCCUCAAUGAGGCUAUUAUGAGGAUGGUGGGCAUUAUUAUCUGGUAUGCACCUGUGGGGAUCCUGUUCCUGAUCGCUGGGAAGAUCCUAGAGAUGGAGGACAUGGCUGUCCUGGGGGGUCAGCUGGGCAUGUACACCCUGACCGUCAUUGUGGGCUUGUUCCUCCAUGCUGGUGGUGUCCUGCCCCUCAUCUACUUCCUCAUCACCCACCGGAACCCCUUCCCCUUCAUUGGGGGCAUGCUGCAGGCCCUCAUCACUGCCAUGGGCACGUCUUCCAGCUCUGCAACACUGCCCAUCACCUUCCGCUGCUUGGAGGAGGGCCUGGGUGUGGACCGACGCAUCACCAGGUUCGUGCUGCCUGUGGGGGCCACUGUCAACAUGGAUGGGACUGCUCUGUAUGAGGCCCUGGCUGCCAUCUUCAUCGCCCAAGUCAACAACUAUGAGCUCAACCUGGGCCAGAUCACGACGAUCAGUAUCACGGCGACAGCAGCCAGCGUUGGGGCUGCUGGCAUCCCCCAGGCAGGUCUGGUCACCAUGGUCAUUGUGCUCACAUCGGUCGGCCUGCCCACUGAAGACAUCACGCUGAUCAUAGCUGUGGACUGGUUCCUUGACCGACUUCGCACAAUGACCAAUGUCCUGGGGGACUCUAUUGGAGCUGCCGUCAUUGAGCAUUUGUCCCAGCAGGAGCUGGAGCUGCAGGAAGCUGAGCUUACCCUCCCCAGCCUGGGGAAGCCCUACAAGUCACUCAUGGCACAAGAGAAGGGGACGUCCAGGGGACGGGGAGGCAACGAGAGUGCCAUGUGAGGGGCCCCCAGCUCUGCCACUCAGAGAGGAGGGAAUAGGGCUGGGGUGGGGGGGGGAUGUCCUAGGGAAGACCUGCUGCCUGAAUGACUGUGCACUGAACACACAUGUUCUGUCUGGCUUGUUUGGUGGAAACCGAGAUAAAGGAGCAGGGACGAAAGGAUGCCCAAGGCCUCCAUUGCUCUCUAAGCGCAUGGGGAGAACUUGUGGAGGGCAGUGAGCAAGGCAGGGAGGAAACACUUCUCCUGGGACUGGGGGUGAGGACAGCUUUGGGUCCCACAAGCUGAGGGGUCAGCUUAUGUUAUUUAUUUUCUCAAGGAGUGGUGGAAUUGAAAGAGGUAAAGGAAAACUACCAUUUAUUAUAAUAAAGCAAUAUUCAUGAUCUCUGUGUUGGGGGUCCCCAUGACCAUCAGUGAUUUGCUAGGACACAUAGAACUUGGAAAAGCUGUGAUGCUCACAUUUAUGACUUACUGCAGUGAGAGGAUACAGAUUAAAAUCUGCAAGGACAAAAGUUGCCUGGGGUAGGGUCCAGAAGACACCAGAUAUGGGCUUCCAAUUGUCCCCUCUGUAGAAUCCCAUGGACACCCUUAAUUCUCUCAGCAGUGAUGGGUGACAGUACGUAUGCCAGCCAAGGAAGCUCACCUUAGCCUUGGUGUCCAGGAUUUUUGUUGGGGGUUCUGUCUUGUAGGCAUGGGGUGCUUCAGCCCCACAGAAGUCAAGUGAAUAUAGUCUUGUCCAGGGCCCCAGGUGAACAAAAAGAGGCAUUCACCAUAAAUUACAUGGUCAGCAUAGACAACCUGGCAUGAUACAGGGCCCUAGGUUACAAAGACACUUUUAUCAGGGAGGAUAUUCCAAGGACUCAGAUGUUAUUUCCUGGGAGCUGAUCAAGGGCAAGUCCUUUCUUUGGAAUAUGUAGGCUCUGAGUACCCCUAGCCCUUCCAGUUAACCCUUUACUUCAUACACCCAUAGCUGGCAAUUGAGGAAGCAGCUUCCCAUAGGGAUGAGUAGCAGCAUCUUGUAGUCCCAACUCUUGAUUGCUGAAACCAGUUGGCUCACACCCAUGCUGACCUCAGGAAGCUCUGUGUCUCCUUACUACACAGGCAAGCCUAAUGAACCAGGUGGGACAUUAAAUGAGACCUUAAUAAAACUGGGAGAAAACCCAAGUAAAUAGAGAGUAACAUAAUUCCAGACGUCAUGGGUAUAACUUAACUCUAUAAUCCUUUUGUCUAGGGAACACAAUAUUAGCUUUUUCUAAAUCAAAUAAACUUCACUUGAGCACCUACCUCUCUCAAGGGGGAAGGGACAUUCCAACACAGGUAUGUUUGGGGAUGCCUCCCCCCAUUCUUUAGGAUCCCAAGAGAACCCUUGGGCUAUGUAAAUGGGAGAAUGUGGAAGAAGGGAUCCAAGAAUUCUUUAACUUAUUUGCAGUCACCAUGGAAACAUUUAUGUCAGUGACUGGAAAAGUCCAUGCAAAGGCAAGAUGCUUAUAGAACAUCCUACUCCACAUUUGACUCUUGGGAGAUUUGCCGGGGAUCCCAAUCUCAAACAAGAAUUUCUGCCUCUAGCCCAUGGUCUGUGUCGGUAGAAAUCUCCUUGUGGAAGCAGGGUGUAUUAGUUUGCUAGGGCUGUGAUGACAAAGUACCACAGGCUGGUGGCUUAAGCAAUAGGAAUUUAUUUUCUCAU